AUUGACCUACUGCCAGCAACGACGAUGCCACCCACAUCGGUGGACGCCACCGUGGCCACGCCUGCGCUGGAGCCGCCCGCCCGCCGCCGCCCCGCGCAGCUCCCCAACGCAAGCGCCGGCUACGUCGCCGCCACGGCGCGGGGGGCCAAGGCCAAGGCCGUCGCCUCCCGCUACCUCACCCCUCCUUCCAAACCGACCUCCAUCUCCAGUUCCUCCCCUGCCAAGUCGCCAGCACCGAAGACGCCCGCCUCCACCGGCGGGAGCGCCACCACGACGACACGGACGCUCGUGGUCGCGUUCCAGACGCCGACCUACUCCAUGGAAACCGGCAGGGCAAGCCCCGCCUCCGCGCCGGAACCCCCAAAGAGGUCCGCGCCGCGCGCCAAGGUGUCCGACGCGAGCCAGAACACGUACCGGUGGCCGCCACCGUCUGCGCCGUGCGGCUCCAGGAGCGUGGAGUUCUCCGCCUCGAGCAGGAAGGAGGCUCAAACGAUUGCCGCCGCGCCGUCGACGGCGCUCCGCGGGACGCCGCGGCGCGCGUCGGUGGACGGCGCCAACGAGUACCUGCUAGAGCUGUCCUCCGACACGGACAGCGCGUCGUCCGGCGGGGACGGCGGCGCGACCCGACGCAGCGCCGUCGGCUCGGCCCCGCGCCCGUCGCCGAGGGGCGCCAUGAGCGCCUCCGCGCGGUUCACGCGCGACGCCACGGGGACCCGCUCCGAACGCUUCGCGUACUACCAGUACCAGGUCAUGCCAUCGCCGUCACGCGCGCCUGCCUCGUCGACUCCAGCAUCGGCGCCAGUGAAGAAGAGGUCACUGUUCACCGGCUUGCUGUCUUCGCCGUUCAGCAGGGCGUCUCUGAAGCAGCCGUCGCCGAGCAAGCCAGUGGCCAGUGCGUUUAGGAGGAGGGGCGCGGACGACUCGUCGUCCCCGCCGGUCCGGCGCUCCACGGAGGUGCCUGCCUCCGCCGGGAACACGCAGGGCAAGGCUUGUCCUACUGGCUGUGGCGUGGACGGUGACGUGAAGCCGAAACUCCUGGCGGCGAUCAAGGCCGAGGAGGAGCACCAGCUGAGACUACUCUACACCAGGGAGUCGCAGUGGCGGCUCGUGAAUGCGCAGGCUGGAGCUGCCAUCUCGUCGCAGACCGCGGGUGCAGAGAAAAAAUUGUGUGGCGCAUGGAUUUCCAUCCUGAGGAUGCGCAAAUCCGUCGCCAUUAGAAAGAUGCAGCUCCAGCUGCUUCAAAACAGGUGCAAACUCAUGGCGAUUCUGAGAGGACACAUGAAAUACCUGGAAGAAUGGCCCUUCUUGGAGAGGGGCCAUGCCCAUUCUUUGUCAGGAACUACACAGGCUCUGACUGCCACCGUCCUGCGCCUUCCUGUCUCCGAUGGAGCAGUGGCAGAUAUUCAAGGGAUAAGAAACGCUCUUAGCUCUGCGGUUGAUGCCAUGCACACCAUAGGGAACUCCACGAGAGCCCAGCUGCCUAAGUUGGCUCGGACAGAUGUCUUUGCGUCCCAGCUCUCCAGAGUUUUCAUUCAAGAACACAGUCUGAUGAUGCAGUGCAGAGAUUUGCUGUCCACACUAGCAUCAAUGCACGUGAGGUACAACAGCCUACAAGGGCAGAGGAUACAACUGAUUAACUGAACCAAAUAACGCAUCAGUAGCUUAGCUUCAGUAGUCUCUUCAGGCAACCUUCUCCAGUAUCCAACCCAGGUGCAGCUGUUGCCAGUAAUAAUGAGAUUUUGCCAAGUGCGAUAGUUGGAGCAAACAAUGUAUUCUUCCUGUAGCCCAACUUGGCAGGAACCUAUAUACAGAAUACAUGAGUGAUGACACACAA